AUUUAUUAGCAACUGACCUUACUAUUUUUUUUAUAAUUUUGCUAUCAAUUAUUUAUCCUUUUUUUUAUAUAUAUAUAUUCUAUCAUCCACAUUUUUAGUUAUUCUCUAACUUUGCUUAUUUCCAAAUUUCGUUUGUUGCCACUGUUCAAAGACAAAGAGCUUUUUCCAGAAACAAUCUAAAUUUUUAUGUAUUUUUUCCACAAUGUUUUGGAACUUGAUAGAAAAAGAUAAAUUUCAAUAUGAAGAUUUUGAAUAGUCACAAUUAAAUUAGAAAAAAAUUAUCAAAAGAAACAAAAGUCAUGCUCUUGACUUUUUUUUAUAUGGUUGCAACAUGGAUUCAAUCGUGGAGACUUUCGUCUCUAAAAACACGAUUAAGUAUUGCCCUCAAGGAGGAAUCAACGAGACCUUCAGUUGUAUUUUAUACAGCAGCUUCUGUUCGAUCAAAAGAAGAAUUAAAUGGAAGCAAAAAUAAAACACACACAGGAAAUGGAGCUAAUGAAGAUCACUUGAGUUCAUCAUUUUGUAGCAAUAAAGAUGCUGCAAAACUUGGAGAUCUUCUUUGGUAUCAAGGUGAUAGAAGAUUGUGUACGAUUUAUCCACAGCAAAUGAUAAAUGUAAACAAUUGGUUACUUUAUCCACCGGGAAAAACAAUGUUUCCUCUUCUCGCUAAUAAUUUUGGUCAAACGUCACUUCUUCAAGAUAUGAAAAUUCAUGUUCUUGUCGAAGCUGAUAUGGAAAUUUAUAAUCCACUUGGUUCUUCAAAAGCUACGAAGCUUGAAGAUUACGGAACGAUUGUCACGUGGACUUCGGAUAAAACAUUUGGCGUUAUUUUAGAAACUGAUUUAGAUCAUAUUACAAAAUUUUCAAUUGCUUUAAUGCACGGACAAUGUUUUAUUAAUAAUGGACUUCUCGUUUCUCGUGUUCAAUCUGUUUCAGUUUCGGGAAGUCCAUGUUUUUCAAAUUGCGAACACUACAAUUUUCUCGAUUAUAAAAAAAUGAUAGGUAAGGCACAGUGGGAUGCUUAUAUAAAAAAAUUGCGAGCAUUUAGUGAUACUGCUAAAUUAGUUUCGCAACAAGGUUUAGCUUAUGAAGUAAAAGAUGCUCCGGGUGCGAUUAUUACACCGGGAACUCAUCCAAUAAGCUUGCAAUUGCCACUACAAAUAACAAUUUACGAAGAUGUUAAAAUGGACAAUGCUAGUGAGUGUUCUGGUCCAGCAACGCCUCCUCCGACUCCAGCGUCAAUGAGCGGAUUAAAUGGAACAACAUCAAGAUUGUCUCAAGCUUUAACGAAUUCCGUCGAAUUAACUCCUUCGGCUUCCUUAGAUUUUUCCGCGAUAUCAUAUUCCAAUACUAGUCUAGCUAGAUCUCAAGACUUUGAUCUCAAAGAGAGUCCAGUGAGAAAAUUUAAAGGUCCUUGCGAUGUGGACGAUCAAAAAUCCUACAAAUCAUUAAAUGUCAGCAACGAAACACUUGACACUUCAUCGAGAAUAGGAUCGUCAAGAAAUAUUCCAUCUAUUGCUAGCACUCCAGCAAGAAAGACUGAAAACGGAGGACAAGCAAAACCUCCAAGUGUUUUAAUAUACGGCGAUAGUUCAUUAGCGGUUGACAGCAUUAAAAGUGUACUGGAAACAACUCUCAAAGAAGACAAAUAUUCGAUCUACUGUUUGUCAUUGGAUGAAAUUCGUAAAGAAAUUUGGAUGGAUCAAGCAUUUUUAUUGGUUGUUUAUGGAAAUAUUGGAAAUGAAAUUUCUACACAACUCGUUGAAUAUAUGGCGCGUGGUGGGAAAAUUUUAGCUCUUUGCUCCGAUUUAUUACACAUUUUAUUGCCCACAUUUAAAACUGCCGAAGUUCGUGAAAAUGAAUUGGUUCGAUUUUCAUAUGGAAAAUGGAAGAAUGUUCGCAUGAUGCAUCAUAUUUUUUGUUAUCAACCAUCACCGGUGAAAACCAAAUUUUCCGAGGAGUUCAAAUCAAUGACUUCGCAAACGCCAUUCACAGUGAAAGUACCAGACAAAUGUGGACAUUUACAUUCAUUGAUAGUAAAAGUAUUAGGCGCUGAGGAAACUUGGCAUACACCAAGUAUUUUGUUGGCCGAUUUUUCGGAAAGUCAAGGCAAAGCGAUAUUUUCACAAAUUCACUUAGAAAUUGAUCCAUUGCAAUAUGAAUUUGAAGAGAGUAAAUUUAAAGCACUCAAAGAAAGUAAUACAUCAAGAUUGGAAAUAAUACGAGAUCUUCUUAGUUCACAUCUUGAUAUGAAAGUCACGUCUCAAAUUCGUCCACCUGUUGUUUAUACACCGGGGUUUUUUCUCGGGAGACAUGAGCUAAAAUUAGAAAUGCUGAAGAUGUUGAAAGAUAAGAUGCAACCGAACGAUGUUCUAAAAACGGAGAAAAUGGAAGUUCAAUUUUGCGGAACGAAUACAAAAUCAAGAUCAGCAUCUUCCACUUUUCUACCAGUCAUGAUUCAUCGAUGUCCUGAACAUUUUUCUACUGUAGAAUAUUUCGAGAAUCUAAAUGCAGAAGAAGUGGGUCGUUUAGUAAUUUACUCGGAUAUUAUGUCGUCUUCUAUGGACGUUGUGGCGAAUUGUCGAUUACAUCAUGGCUUAGUUGUAAUUCCUUGUCGACAAACUAGGGGCCAAGGUCGCGGUAAAAAUACUUGGCUCAGUCCAAAAGGCUGUGCAAUGUUUACUCUACAGCUUCAUAUUCCAUUGGAUUCACCAUUGGGAAAACAAAUUUCCUUAUUACAACAUUUAAUUGCUGUCGCUGUGGUUUCAACUGUUAAAUCAAUACCCGGUUAUGAGGAUAUAGAUCUAAGAGUCAAGUGGCCUAACGAUGUGUAUGCAAGUAAUGAAUCUAAAAUAGGAGGACUUAUAGUAACAACUUUAAUUGAACAAACCUUGGCAAUUUGUAACAUUGGUACCGGAAUUAAUUUGUCCAACAAUUCACCCACAAUGUGUAUAAACGAAUUAAUUACACGCCAUAAUACAAAGCAUGGAACUAAUUUGAAAAAAUUGUCAUACGAACAAUUUUUGGCUCUUGUAUUCACUGAAAUUGAACGAAUUCUCAAUAUUGUACAAAAAGACAAUAUUGAGUAUUUCUAUAAAAUUUACUAUAAAUAUUGGCUUCACGCCGAUGCAGAAAUAAUAAUUGUUUCACUAAAUGGAACUUUUGAAGAAGUCAAGGUAAUUGGAAUCGACACUUAUGGUUUUUUGGAAGUACAAGGAAAAAAUGGUAAAACAUUUAGUGUCCAUCCAGAUGGAAAUAGUUUUGAUAUUAUGAAAGGAUUAAUAACUCCGAAAACAUAAAAUCAUUUUUAAAUAUUAUGAAGGUAGAAAUUUAAAAAAAAAAAAGACGGAUAAUAGAAGCAUAAUUCAUUACGCCGGAAAAGCUUAAAAAUCAAAGAUUUCACAUAACAUUUAUUCAUUUUAAUUUCAACGAUUUGGUAUAAUUUCAAAAA